AUGGCGCCACCUGUUGCAACCGCGUUUCCGGACCCUGACUCAGACGAUGGUUUCCGUGCCCGCCUUGACACACUGUUCAAUGGCGGUAGUGUGAACUUUGAUUCGCACCUCCGUGGAUCUGCUCACCGCUCGUCACCCCUUUUUAGCCACGACGACCAGGAAGAGCUUCCACGGCGGCAUAGAACAUACUCCUUCUCAGGCCAAGGACGUCGGUCCAACCCGCGUGAUGACGCGGACGACGAGCAGAUGCCCCGGCCCCGGCCGCGGUCCUCAUCCCGGGCUCGGGGCUACGACCCGCUUGGCGCCGACGACGAGACCGGGAUUCCUUGGUCCACAUACAACCCGGAACCCCGUCACCGGCCCCAUUCUGGUCGUGAGGGAUACGACCCUCGCGGCAUGGCCGACGAAACAGCCGUGCCCCGGUCUUCUUCGUCCUCUCGUCCCAAGACCUACCACUCCCGCGUGGACAUCGACGACCUGCCGUUCCCUUUGCCCACCUACAUGCUGGACCCAACCGCCGCGCCCCCGCCUCGCCAACGAUCCCGGCACCGUCCCAGCCCGCGGAACUCCCGCUCCACGUCUACCCGCCACACUAGUGGCUUGAGCAGCAGCGACUCAAGGUACUACUACCACUACCAUGAUGAUGAAGACGAUGUAUUCACCACCCCCCAUGACCAUGACCAUGACCCCCAUGACUUUAACUUUGAUCUUGGCGCUGACACACCUGGACCUAGCCACCGGGCCACUGCCCACACCUAUCCCCAUACCUACGAGUACGACGCCUAUCCAGCCGGGCCCAGCACCCCCGACCUGACCCCUCCAGAGCGAAUCUCAUUUUCGUCUCGCACCAAACGGGACAGCGCUCGUCAAGCCCACCGCCGCGCAGCCCGUCGCGCACGCGAAGUCGAACAGGCCGCUGCAGAGGCUGAAGCAGCCGCAGCCGCCGAGGCAACUGCUAGGGCCGAAAAAUACCAAUACCAAUACCGGCCCGACCCGGCCCCGCGGUCUUCUUCUCACCGGAAAUCACACACCCGCUAUGUAUCCAAGAGCCGUGAGACCAAGCACCGCGAGUCCAAACACCGCGAGCCCAAAUCCCGCGAGCCCACCACCACCAAAGAAGCCCACAUCCUCCCCUCACUAGGCGGCGAAUGGCUCUGGGACUCCCGACGCAAAUAUGUCUGGACAGGAUGGAUGGAGUGGACAGACAACAACGGGGUGGUGCCUCGGCAGCGGGAUGAGAAGUGGGUUGGCCGAGGGGGGCUAUUGGAGGAGUUAAGGAUGGAGCGGGAGGAGGAGCGCCGGAGGAGGGAGAGGGAGAAGAGGGAGAGGAUGGAGAGGAAAUGGGAACGGGAGUGGGAGCGGGAGGUAGAUAUUAAUAUGUGGAGGUGGAGGGAGGAGGGUUGGUAA